AUGACAAAACUCCCCAGUGCAGCCGUCGCAGCCGCCGCCUCAGAAGUACCAAUAGACGUUAUUUGUGGUAUACUAUCGUAUCUUCCUGUCAAGUCGGUACUACGUUUUAGAUGCAUAGCAAAAUCAUGGAUGUUAAAUAUAUAUGAUUUUCCAUCGUCACGGGGCAGUUCUUAUUACGACUUGGGUUAUGAUUCAUCAACAGAUGACUACAAGAUACUUCUCCAACGGACAUUUUCUCUCUCUGAAAAGAUGCCGCACGAGAUCAGAAAAGAGAUUAAUAUUCUUUCAGUGAAAACAAAUUGUUGGCGGAUGGUUAAAUAUUUCAGGGUAUAUCCCCAAAAGAAUGCGGUAAAUCUAAACGGAUCUCUGAAUUGGGCAUCACCAAAAGAAGAUGAGUUUUGGAUAGCCAAGAUUGUUUCAUUUUCUCUAGCAAACGAGACGGUAACAGAGAUGAAACUUCCUUGUUAUUACAAUAAUUUUCUAUUGGGUGUUUUCCAAGGAUGUCUUUGUUUAACUGUAGUGCACGGACAUUGGACUAGUUCGUUCACCGUCUGGUUAAUGAAAGAAUUCGGAGUGACAAGCUCGUGGACUAAGGUUAUUACCUUACCACAAAUAGGUGUCGGUGGUUCAACUCUAGUUACUCUAUUGCCAGUUAAUCAUAUGAUGAACAAAAUAGUUUUCCUACUUGACAGAUGGGAUGGUGUUCGCCUGUUGAUUCUGGACGAUUUAGAGACAGAAGAAUAUAUAAUUGUUAAGCUUACCAAUUUCCCAAGGAAAUAUCAUCCAGUUCCAUUUUCAAGGAGUUUAAUUUCACCAAAUUAA